AUGCCCACAUUGGCUCAGGAAAAGGCUGCGGCACGCGAUCUGAAGGCGAAGAAGACCAAGUCCAGGAAUGGAUGUGGUCGUUGCAAGCUCAAGAGGCUCAAGUGCGAUGAGACUGCUGGAUCCUGUCUACAGUGCAAAAAGAGGAACGUCUCUUGUCCCGGAUACGAGAAGACACUGAAGUGGUCCACCAAAUACGAAGUGUUCAGUCCUGUACAGUUCAAAUCAACGACUCCCAAGUCACGACCAGUCGCAGAGGUCCCUGCACAGUCUCUUGCGUCUGAAAAGCCUUCCUUGCCGAAGACUGUCGAUAGUGGUAUCGAGGCACUGGCUGCUGUACUUCCUGCUGGCAAGAAGACUGCAGGACCAGAGACUACUACCAAGCAGCCAUCACCACCAGUCCUGUCCCCACCAGCUCUGGAGGAGCACGCAUCCACUCAGGAGUCUUCCACCGAAGAUGAGGCAUCGCCGCGAGACUUUGAGCCUUUUACCAUGGAAGAUAUCGAUGCCAUGGAUUCCAAUCUCAUGGAUGGCCUGUCUAACGCCAUUACUCUACCUCAUGAUGAGUUUGCAUUCGGCUCAUUUGAGGAUCUUGACCUAGGCAAUGGCCAAUUUGAUGACUUCGCUUUGGAGUUCGAGGACAACUUACGCCAGCACGAUCUUUCUUCCUCUGCUGCCACGUCCAUGUUAACCACCCGAGAGUCUAGCCGAGAGGCUAGUCCCAGGCUGUCGCGUUCCUUACUCUUAGACUUCUAUCGUCUACCAAGCCCAUCCCCAAGCCCGUCCUCGCCGGAUGAUGUGGAGUCUCUUCUUAUUCAGCACUACUUCAAGGAUGUGUGCGCUGUCUUUUCUUCUUUCGAUUCGAUCUUGAACCCGUUCAGAACUACCAUUGGCCGCAUCUACGAGGACUGCCCGUCGAUCAAAUACGCCAUUCAAUCCAUGGCUGCUGCACACCUCGCUAAUACUUUCCCCAACAUGGCGUCUGUCGGUGUAGAGAUGCAAGGUAAAGCUUUCGACGCUUUGCAGGCAGAACUACCCCUCGUUCAGAGUGGCCAGGCUAGUGCUACCAAGACAUUCCUGAGCAUCAUGUUGCUCGGCUUGACUACUUCCUGGCAUGACAGUGGUGCGCUUGGCCUAGACUAUCUGUCGACAGCUCGUAGCUUGAUUCUGCCAAAAUUGUUGAGUCGGACGGAGGAAGACGAGGUCCAGCGUGAGGCACAGUUCUUCGAGGAGUCGUUGAUCCACUGGGAGAUGCUCAUGGGCUUCGUGACAGAAGAUGCCAUGUGCUUCUCUUCUCCUUCCGGACUGCGGCCUCGCAGAGUGUCGAAGCAGAAUUCACCAGCUACUCGACGACCAGAUGGAAAGAUCGUGCCUCAUCCAUGGACCGGCAUCGCGCCUACCGGUCAGUUCUUGCUGGCUGAGGUUGGCCGUCUGGUCCGCAGGGAGCGCUCGCUCGACAAGGAUUCUGCUGUUGACAUCAGGCGAAGACAAGAGAAUGCUCUCAAUGCUGCGUCCCUCGAAGAAGAUCUCUUGGCGUUAGAGUACCCAACAGCCGAUGACCUUGCAGAGACAGGAGACGAGCGCACGCCGAAGCAAGAUUUCAUCGUCAUCGCCGAAACCUACCGCUGCGCUGGUCUCCUUGAGCUGUACCGUGUCUUCCCAUCCAUUCUUCGUAAGCGUCUCGGCAAGGACAAGUUUAGUACAAGCGAGAACGUUGACUUCCACUUCCCCAUGCCGCGGUUCGAGACUCCUUACGAAGACACCGACACAAAGCUCUGGCUCAACUCGUUGGCUAUGCAUAUUCUUCGAUCCGUUGAGUCUCUUCCAUCCUCUUCUGGCACUUUCUGCAUUCAGCCGUUGCUCCUUGUCAUCGCUGCUUCCGAGCUGAAGUUCGUCUCCUCUGUCGACUUCUUCGACGUCCACGCAAGUGACUCGAAGAUCCUCACGUCUCGCGACUUCGUCAUCAGACGCCUUCAAGAGUUUGCUCUCCGACUACCCAACAAGCCCCUCCGUCAAAUGAUUCAACUGAUCAAAGAGACUUGGCGUCAGUCGGAUGAAGGUCAAGACGCGUUCUGGAUCGACAUCAUGAACGAGAAAGGUUGGCACACGAUCAUGUGA